CUGUCUUGGUUCCUUUUUACCUUAUCAUAAAGUGAGAAAAACGAAUGAUUCACAAGAGCCCAAGCGCCAUAUAGUAGUACUAUACUACUAUCUUCUAGUCUCUGCUCUUUACUAUCCUUUUCUUUUCUACAUUUAUUAUUCAAACGCUUUGAUUAUAUUUAUUAUACGCUUUACCUUCUUCGCAGCUGCUACUACUACUACUAGUAUCAAUAAUUGAUACUUCAAUUGUUUGGUACCAAAUUUGUGGAGGAGAAACAAUAGCUAGAUUGUUGGAUAUGGCUUCAUAUGAGACUAUGGCUAUCCACUCUUCUAUGCAAGAAGAUGACUAUGAAGAUGAUAUCUUUGAUGGGUUUGAUCAUGAUCAACACCCAAAUCCGCUCAACUUGUCAAGGCUUUCAGUGUGUACAAGCAGUUCCAUGUAUGGGAAUGAUGAAGAUGAUGAUGAUGAUGAUGAUGUUGAUGUGGGAGACGAUGGUAUGAGGAUGUUCAUAUCACGGUUGUCCAUUGAAAGCUUUGAUGCAGACGAGGAAUUCUCUGAUGACAAAGAAGGAAAAGAACUGACAGGUUUGCUGUCUGACUCUGAUAACGAACUGGGUUGUUAUUCACUGCCUGCAACACCACCAAGACGUAGAAACCGAGGUGGCUUACUGAGUCAUCAGCAAGUGAUGGGAGUGAAAGAGUAUGCAAGUGAGAAUGAAGCUCAAAAGGGUGUUCUAGGAAAGCAAGAUAAGUCGAGGAAUAAUGCAAGGAGGAGAAGGAGAAUCGUAAGGGAUAGAUGGGUGUUGGAAAAUAAAGGCAGUACUAGCAGUUGUGACAAUUUUGAUUGCAACAACAAGAGCAAGAACUGCAACUGCUUCAGUGGGGAAAGUGACCAAGGUGGUGUCAAUGGUGGUGCAGGGUUGAUGGUGAUAACUAGGCCUAAAGGUGGAAGAAGGUCAUUGUGUAUGGACUUGGAUGAAGUGAAGGCUUGUAGGGAUCUCGGGUUCGAGUUGGAACAUGAGCGCAUGUUGGAGAUACCUUCACAUCGCUCUGUUUCUGGUUCCACACUUGACACUAGCAGUGGUGGUAAUUCCCCAAUCGCCAAUUGGCGCAUCUCCAGCCCAGGUGAUGAUCCACGAGAUGUGAAAGCUCGGCUUAAGGUUUGGGCACAGGCAGUGGCAAUAGCAUCUGCAUCUCCUAGACAGGGCAACUGAUUGCUGGUCAAACUAUUACUACCUAUUUUCCGAUUUUGGAUGAAGAAAGUUGCUUACUGAUUUUUCUUUCCACGAAAGAGUUUUUCCUCUCUUUUUUGGAAGCUUUUUUUCAUUUUUUUUUUCUGGGAGUGUUCUGUAUCCUUUUUGGUUAUGCACUACUUUUGAUAUGUAAAUCACAUCACUGUAAAUAUAGCACGAUUGAGGAUGGAAAACACAAUUGACUACUAGUGUGAUUUUUGAGUUUUGGUCUA